UAUUGUACCUACUUGUAAAUAACAUUUGAGUCUGUUGAUAAUUUUAUAAAAUAUUCUAUUUAUUGCUGAUUUAUAAAUACAGUGUCCAUACUUUUGUAAAUUUUUGGCACUCAAAAUCAGAAAUGCAAGGUAAAACGGGUGCCGGCACGGAGUCGCAAUCUCUGCCGAACAUGCACGAGGGCAGUAAGACCAGCAACCUGGACCUGCAGCGGAUGCUCAGCCUCUCUCUGUCUCAGAUCAGGAAGAACUCACAGGCUCCUGAGUAUCACUACAAACCUUCGCCUUUUAAUAUCCGCUGGAUCCACGGCUACAACACGAAGGUGGAAGUGAUCAACCUGAACAACAAGGGCAGCACGAUCCUUUUCUACGCUGCGAACAACUGCGGGGUGCUGUACAACUGGACCAGCCACCAGAUGCGGAUCCUGCAGGGACAUAGACACAUGAUAACGUGCCUCGCGGUGGACGGCAGCGGCCGCUGGCUGGUGACGGCGGACAGCGGCCCCGAGAACGUCAUCAUCGUCUGGGACAGCACCGACUACUUCCCCCAGAAGACCAUCUUCAAUCCCCACCGCGAAACGAAAUUGAGCAAGGUCGCCUUGAGUGCUGAUGCUAAGUACCUCCUCACGCUGGCGUAUAAGGAAAAGGCGUGUAUAUUCUGGUGGAUAUGGUCGUUCGGACUGGAUGAGCCUCAUGCGAAACUGGAGAUAGAUAUACCAAAAGAUUCGGUGAUUUCUAUGGAUUUCAACCCAUACCUAAGCGAACAGUUCCUCUUGUUGACGAAGUCCGACAUUUGGAUUGGGGUUUCUGGUAAAGUAUUCAUCGUCGAACGGGGUCUUCUUAAAGAGACAGAUAAUUACGAGCUAAAAAUACGAAAGGUGGACAGAACCAUCACCUCGGAAGCUGGUAAGCUCACAUGCUUCGUGUUCAUCAAGGAUACCUCGCAGAUACUAGUGGCCACCAGUAGAGGUUACAUCCUCAUCUACGGGUACAGCAUAGAGUUCCAAGAGCAAUCCCAGCCAGCCAGUUUCAAGGAUCUGAAGUUUGUGAAGAUGUUUAAAUUGGAGAACUUCAGGAUCAAUGUCAUUAAGAGCAUUGAUGGGCUGGUAGCAACGGGCAACAGCGCCGGGGAGAUCCAUUUCUACGACCAGCAGAUGAAGCUGGUGUACUGGGUGCACGGCUUCCAGCCCGACUGCGUCAAGAGUCUAAGUUUCAACGUCUCGCCCAGGAGCUACAAAAUAUUCGACCCAAAAUGUGGCAAACCCUGUCCAUGCUGGGAGAAGGUGGUGAUGCAUACAGACCCAGAGACCGGGGUGGUGAAACAGAAGUUGCUCAAACGGAAGCUGCCUGGGGACGCCUCUAUUGCGGGGAAGCCUGUUGUGAUCCGGGAUUUUAUAGUCUGUACUAAAAAUGAAGGAGUCAGUUUCGCAGACUUUCUUGUUGAGAAACUAUACACAGUAUUGGACAAUAAACCAGCACACGCCUUGGCUCUCUCAGUCCAUCCAGAAAAGCCCUUCGUGUCGAUAGGCUAUUCGGACGGCAACGUGGAGCUCGUCAACUUCGUCCAACACAAGCUAUUCGCGCGGCUGAAUCUGAGGGAGUUCUACAAGAUAGUCAUCCCGCCGAAGGACGACUCCAUCAACGGGAACUACGACAUCACGGUGCCAGAGCUCAGCGUCACCUGCCUCAAGUAUUCACCUUCAGGGCUCCAUCUGGCAUGUGGCUUGAACUCUGGCGAGCUGAUCUUCCUGGACCCCACCACAAUCACCAUACUCACAAAAACUCCGUUCCGGGACACGAAAUAUGCCAUUCAGCAAAUCACCUACAGCUGCGAUUCGCUGACCUUGGCCCUUGCUGAUGAAGGCAAAACAAUUUGCGUUUACAAAUACGACUGCACAGAAUUUGUUUGGAAUUUUAUUGGGAAGCACCGAGCUCACUACAAGAAUAUCACGGCUUUAAACUUCUUGCCAUAUAAGAAUGUCGGCGACGAAUACAAGCUGAUAUCCCUGGGGGCUGACAGGAUAAUGGUGGAAUACGAUAUAGCGAACAGCAGUGAGGAGUUUCUGGACAUAUACAGCCUGGACAGGAUGGACCAGACGGCUGUACCGCUAGGCGCCAUUCCAUGGCCCAAUCCUGAGAACUUGAACGAAGAGGAGGAACGCACGGAUUUGCAAUUGAUGCUUGUCGCGAAUGAUGAGUUCAAAUACAAGCUAGUGAACGCGAACACGACGAUGACGAUGGCGACGGUGCUGGGGCCGCGGUACGACCACCCCGUGCGCAGGAUCCAGCUAGUCUGGCGGGAGGAGAACAACGAGAAGCUGCAGUACCUGCUCUUUUGUACGCGAAAUGUCAUAGGCCUGCAGAAGAUGCCGCUGGAUGGCAACCCGUGGAAACAUGUGGGGCUGCUCGGGCAUCCAAUAGCGGUGACACAAAUGUGUUUCCGUGAAGAUAGUGGCACAUUAUUUACUAUAGGAGCUCGAGACAGCACAAUGUGCCAAUGGGCUGCGAAUUACAGGUCAGUAGAAUCGACUACAAAGCUCGGCGGGAUCGACCUGGACCCCUACUAUUGCCUGGUCGAGAACGGGCGUCCAGGUUGGCUGUUCCAGGAGAUCCGGGACAUGUUCUACUACAUCCAGAUCGUGUGUCAGGGCACCUUCUCCCCGGCCAUGAGACGCGUCAAGGAUUACAUCCCAAUCGACUCUCUGCCUGAUCUGAUGCGGGCAUUGGGGUUCUUUCCGUCGGAAUAUGAGGUAGAAAAUCUGUUAGUCGAGGCGAAGUUCAAGAUUUACCAGCGUAAAAUGAGCACAGAGAUCGACUUCGAGGAGUUCGUGAAGCUGUACCUCAAUCACCGGCCGGCGUUCGACGUCGGCUACCAUCAGGUCAUGGGCGCAUUCCGCGCGUUCGCCGCCUACCGCAAGGAAAAUUACGUCAUGAGACGGAAAGAUUUUGUUAACAUGCUCAGCAAUACUGGUGAGAAGUUCACACAGGAACUAUCCUGGUACCUGCUGUCGAUACUGAGCGGGCAGAACUUCGACGACAGAGCAGCUAUGAGCGAAGAAGAUUUCUCAUUCUUGCCGCAGGUGAUAACAUAGGAAAUUACAUUCAGCUACCUGUUGACCCAAAUAAUGGGUCUGCAAGAUGUCGACGACCUGUCCGACCAACUGUCAGCUCUGGAGUCCGGAAUCAGCUACUCUCACACGGGCUCAUCCACUUCAGAAGAAAGAUUCUACU